GUAGGAAAGGGAGAGGGAGGGGGGAAGGAAAGUGCUGUUCUGUGGAAAGGGCGGAAAGAGGGGGAGAAAAAAAAAGAAAAAGGGAACAGAAACAUGGCCGUCAGCUGUUGAGGCGGCCGUGCCGCGGGCAGCUCCUAGGCGACCCGCCGUCCGCACAGCCGGCCUCGCGUGAGCCGGGCGCCGGCGCGAGCUCGCGCUCCCGGCCGUUACCCCUCACUGCAUGCAGCGCCCCUCGAGACCGAGUCCGUGAGGCGGCGCAGGCGCAGAUCGGGCCGUGGCGGCGGCGGCGGCGGCGGGCGCUGGAGUGAGUCCCCCGCCUCGCCCUGCCGAGGGCGCCCAGGCCGCGAAGCCAGCGCUUUCAUGCCCCUGGAAGGGGCUGUGUUCGGGUAGCGCUGAAGGAGCGGGCGGCAGGAAACAUAAUAGCAGCCAUGAUAGCAGACAAAGGGCCAAGAGUGACCGACUACUUUGUUGUGGCAGGUCUCACUGAUACAUCUGCUCUUUUGGAUCAAGAAAUAAAUCGUUUAGAUACUAAGUCAACUGGACCUAAAGCUCCAAUUACAGACAUUGCAGUUAUUAACAAAUCAGCUGGGGAAACAGUACCUGAAGGUUACACCUGUGUUGAAGCCACUCCAUCAGCUCUCCAAGCAAACUUGAACUAUGGAAGUCUGAAAAGCCCAGAACUUUUCCUCUGUUACAAAAGAGGGAGAGACAAACCACCCCUUACCGACGUUGGAGUUUUAUACGAAGGGAAAGAAAGGCUUAUUCCAGGAUGUGAAGUGAUCCAAGCCACACCCUAUGGUCGCUGUGCCAAUGUCAACAAUAGUUCAACUACGUCACAGAGAAUCUUUAUCACUUACCGAAGGGCUCCUCUAAUUCGACCCCAGAAUUCCUUGGCUGUAACUGAUAUCUGUGUUAUUGUAACCAGUAAAGGAGAAACCCCUCCUCAUACUUUCUGCAAAGUUGACAAAAACUUAAACUGUGGAAUGUGGGGUUCCAGUGUGUUUCUGUGUUAUAAGAAGUCUGUGCCUGCUUCUAAUGCAAUAGCAUAUAAAGCUGGUUUAAUUUUUAGAUAUCCAGAAGAUGACUAUGAGUCAUUUCCACUCUCAGAAUCUGUACCUCUCUUCUGCCUUCCUAUGGGAGCUACUAUUGAAUGUUGGGAUCCCCAAAGCAAAUACCCACUUCCAGUUUUUUCAACUUUUGUCCUGACAGGUUCUUCUGCCGAAAAGGUAUAUGGAGCUGCCAUCCAGUUUUAUGAACCUUACUCUCGGGAACUUCUAACAGAGAAACAGCUUCUACAGCUGGGCCUCUUGACGCCUGUGGAGAGAAAAAUGGUCUCCAAAUCCAUCAAUUCAAACAAAUGCAUUUGUUUACUCUCACACUGGCCUUUUUUUGAAGCUUUCAGAAAAUUUCUCAUGUUUGUCUACAAACUUUCUGUGUCUGGACCACAUCCUCUUCCCAUUGAAAAGCACAUUUCACAUUUUAUGCACAACAUCCCUUUUCCUUCACCACAAAGACCAAGAAUCCUUGUACAGCUAUCAGUCCAUGAUGCGUUAAUAUUAUCACAGCCAGUUUCUACACCUUUACCACUAAGUGGAGCCAACUUUAGCACCUUGUUAAUGAAUCUGGGUCCUGAGAAUUGUGCCACGCUGCUGCUCUUUGUUUUACUUGAGAGUAAGAUUCUGCUGCAUUCUCUUAGGCCAGCAGUGUUGACUGGAGUAGCCGAAGCUGUUGUGGCUAUGAUCUUUCCAUUUCAGUGGCAGUGCCCAUAUAUUCCCCUUUGUCCUCUCUCACUGGCGGCGGUGCUUAGUGCACCUUUACCGUUUAUAGUUGGCGUGGACUCAAGGUACUUUGAUCUUCAUGACCCACCCCAAGAUGUUGUUUGCAUUGACUUGGAUACAAACAUGUUAUAUGUAUCAGAUGAAAAGAAGAACAUGAACUGGAAGCAGCUUCCCAAAAAGCCAUGCAAAAGUCUGCUUAGCACCUUGAGGAAAUUGUAUCCCCAGCUCUCUUCAGUUCACCGAAAAACUCAAGAAGGUUCAGCAAUUGAGAUGACUCCAAUUGAAGCAGACUUCUCCUGGCAAAAGAAGAUGACACAACUUGAGAUGGAAAUUCAGGAGGCAUUUUUGCGCUUUAUGGCGUCCAUUUUAAAAGGCUAUAGAACAUAUCUCAGACCGAUCACAGAGGCUCCUUCAAAUAAAGCCACAGCUGCUGAUUCAUUGUUUGACCGACAGGGAUUUUUAAAAAGUCGAGAUCGUGCUUAUACAAAAUUCUACACCCUUUUAUCCAAAACACAGAUUUUUAUUCGUUUCAUUGAAGAAUGUAGUUUUGUAAGUGAUAAAGAUACUGGAUUGGCAUUUUUUGAUGACUGCAUAGAAAAGUUGUUUCCUGAUAAAGGCACAGAGAAAACAGAUAAGGUUGAUUUUGAUUCAGCAGAAGAUACCAAAUUGAUAGAGCUAGAUGAUUCUCAGAAAAGUGAGCACACUGUAUUUAUAAUGCCACCAGAGCCACCUCCUGAUGAUGGAAAGGACCUAUCGCCAAAGUACAGUUACAAAUACUUCCCAAGACUGGACCUUAAGCUUUUUGACAGACCGCAGGAGUUGAAACUUUGUUUUAGUAGACACUCUACUGGGAAUAGCAUUACAAACAGUCCAGCUCUCAUGGCUAAGAGAACUAAACAGGAGAUAAAAACAGCUCAUAAGUUGGCGAAGAGAUGUUACACAAAUCCACCACAAUGGGCCAAGUGUCUCUUCAGUCAUUCUUACAGUUUAUGGUUUAUUUGUCUCCCAGCCUAUGUUAGAGUUUCUCAUCCUAAGGUCAGAGCACUUCAGCAGGCAUAUGAUGUACUUAUUAAGAUGAGGAAAACAGAUGUGGAUCCACUAGAUGAGGUGUGCUAUCGAGUAGUAAUGCAGCUUUGUGGACUUUGGGGUCAUCCUGUUUUAGCAGUGAGAGUCUUAUUUGAAAUGAAAACUGCUAAGAUAAAGCCAAAUGCUAUUACUUAUGGUUAUUAUAAUAAGGUAGUUUUGGAGAGCCCAUGGCCUAGCAGUACCCGCAGUGGUAUCUUCUUAUGGACGAAGGUACGGAAUGUAGUCCAUGGCUUGGCACAAUUUAGGCAGCCGCUUAAAAAGACCAUGCAAAAGUCACAGGUCUCCUCAAUAUCAGCUCCUCAGAGUGCCACAGGUGGAAGUGAUGGGGACACGGUGAGCCACGGUAGCGUGGAUAGUUCUAAUGAUGCUAACAAUGGGGAGCACACAGUCUUCGUCAGAGAUUUAAUCAGGCUUGAUUCCAUUGAUAAUCACUCUAGUACAGGUGGUCAGUCUGACCAAGGCUAUGGGUCUAAGGAUGAACUUAUAAAGGAUGAUUCGGAAAUUCAUGUACCUGAAGAGCAAGUAGCAAGAGAAUUGAAAACUAAAACAAAAGUGCAAAAAGAAGAUAUGUGUGAUAUCUCUGCUGUUGUGGCAAAACAUUCACAGCCUAGCGCAGAGCCCCAGAGUCCUACUGAGCCUCCCGCAUGGGGCAGCAGUAUUGUGAAAGUUCCUUCUGGUGUAUUUGACAUCAGCGGCAGGAAGAGUAGCACUGGUAGUACAUCGAAUGUGCUAUUUUCUCCUGAAGAUCCAGUUGAAGAUGCAGUUUUUGGUGAAGUUACUAAUCUCAAGAAUGGUGAUAGAGGAGAAAAAAGACAAAAGCAUUUUCCAGAGCGGAGCUGUAGUUUCAGUUCUGAAAGUCGAGCAGGAAUGUUACUUAAGAAGAGCAGUUUGGAUUUGAAUUCAAGUGAAGUGGCUAUCAUGAUGGGAGCAGAUGCCAAGAUUCUCACAGCAGCAUUGACAUGUCCUAAGACUUCUCUACUUCAUAUUGCAAGAACUCAUAGUUUUGACAGUGUUAGCUGUCAUCUUGCUGAUACUAGGACUCGUGUGUCUGAAAGCACUUGGGAUUCUGAGCACAGAUCUUCUUCGGUGUUAGAGAUGCUUGAGGAAAGCCAAGAGCUCCUAGAACCUGUGGUUGAUGACAAUGUAGCUGAAACUACUAUGACAAAGGGUACAUGUGACAGUCUACAAAAUGAUAGUAACAGUAAUCAAUCCAGAGACUUGAAAGCAGGAUCCAAAGAUCUAACCAAUAAGAGGAGUAGUUUAUCUGGUGUUGCUAAAGCUGUUGAGAGGGAAGACGUUGAAACUGGACUAGAUCCUUUGUCUCUUUUAGCCACUGAAUGUAUAGGAGAAAAAACUCCUGAUUCUGAAGAUAAGUUGUUUUCUCCAGUUAUUGCACGUAACCUGGCUGAUGAAAUCGAGAGCUAUAUGAACCUGAAGAGUCCCCUGGGUAGCAAGUCUUCUAGUAUGGAAUUACACGGAGAGGGAAACAGAGAGUCUGGCACUCCUAUUGCCUUUAGUCACCCUUUAGAGAGGAGAUCAAGCCUACCUUUAGAUCAUGGUCCACCAGCACAGGAAACCCCUGAAAGUGAAAAGCGCUCCCCUACAGUGUCUAGGUCUAAAACUUUUACUGGGCGUUUCAAGCAGCAGACUCCUUCUCGAGGUCAUAAGGAACGUUCAUCUUCUUUAUCAGCACUAGUGCGUUCUUCACCGCAUGGCUCGUUGGGUUCUGUGGUCAGUUCUUUGUCAGGGCUAAAGCUGGAUAAUAUACUCUCAGGGCCCAAGAUUGAUGUCCUAAAAUCUGGUAUGAAACAAGCAGCGACAGUAGCCAGUAAGAUGUGGGUGGCUGUGGCGUCUGCUUACAACUACUCAGAUGAUGAGGAGGAAACUAGUAGAGAUUACAGCUUCCCAGCUGGCCUUGAAGACCAUAUUUUGGGAGAGAAUAUAUCACCUAACAUGAGUAUCCCAGGGUUGGUCGCCAGUGAACUUACCCAGAGCAACACAAGCCUCGGCAGUAGCAGUAGCAGUGGAGACGUAGGAAAACUGCAUUACUCAACAGGUGAACUUCCAUUUCCAAGAGGCAUAAAAGGGCAGGACUUGGAAAAAUCAGACCAUGGUUCUUCGCAAAACACCAGCAUGUCUAGCAUCUAUCAGAAUUGUGCAAUGGAGGUUCUGAUGUCAAGUUGUUCCCAGUGCAGAGCUUGUGGAGCUCUAGUUUAUGAUGAAGAAAUUAUGGCUGGAUGGACAGCAGAUGACUCAAAUUUGAAUACAACAUGUCCAUUCUGUAAAAGCAACUUCUUGCCUCUUCUCAAUAUAGAAUUUAAGGACUUGAGAGGCUCUGCAAGCUUUUUCCUGAAACCAAGUACCUCUGGUGACAGUUUACAAAGUGGCAGCAUUCCAUUGGCGAGUGAACCUCUGGAGCACAAACCUGUAUCCAGUUCACUAGAGCCUGAUUUGAUCAACUUUAUGGAUUUCCCAAAACAUAACCAGGCCAUAACUGAAGAAACAAACUCUGCAGUUGAAUCAAGUGAUGAAAUAAGGAAAGCCAGUGGAGAUGUCCAAACUAUGAAAAUUUCACCUGUGCCUAAUAGUUUCUCAAAGCGAAAUGUAUCUUUGACUCGAAGUCACAGUGUUGGAGGUCCCUUGCAAAAUAUUGACUUUUCCCAGCGACCGUUUCAUGGCAUUUCAACAGUUAGUCUUCCAAACAGUCUGCAGGAAGUUGUGGAUCCUUUAGGAAAAAGACCCAAUCCUCCCCCUGUUUCUGUGCCCUACUUGAGUCCUCUAGUGCUUCGUAAAGAACUUGAAUCUUUGCUAGAAAAUGAAGGCGAUCAGGUGAUUCACACAUCCUCUUUCAUCAAUCAACAUCCAAUCAUUUUCUGGAACCUCGUUUGGUAUUUCAGACGUUUGGACCUUCCUAGUAACUUGCCAGGACUUAUCCUCACAUCUGAACACUGUAAUGGAGGUGUACAGCUUCCUCUAUCAUCUCUGUCCCAGGAUAGCAAACUUGUGUAUAUUCAGCUGUUAUGGGAUAAUAUCAACCUUCAUCAGGAACCAGGAGAACCUCUCUAUGUCUCAUGGAGGAAUCUUAAUUCUGAAAAGAAAUUGUCUCUGUCAGAGGAACAACAAGCAACAAGCACUUUAGUAGAAACCAUCAGGCAGAGUAUUCAACAUAAUGAUGUUCUUAAACCCAUCAACCUGCUUUCACAGCAAAUGAAGCCAGACAUGAAAAGACAAAGGAGUUUAUACAGAGAAAUCCUCUUCUUAUCCUUAGUGUCUCUUGGAAGAGAGAAUAUUGAUAUUGAGGCUUUUGACAAUGAAUAUGGACUUGCAUACAGUAACCUACCUUCAGAGAUUCUUGACAAGUUGCAGAAAAUUGAUGCUCCACCAAGUGUCAGUGUGGAAUGGUGCAGAAAGUGUUUUGGAGCACCUCUCAUUUAAAUAAGAGAUUCACUAGAUUUUUGACACAAAGCUGGGGGAAUAGAUUCAAUCUGGAAGCAUUCAAAGUUUGUUCCAAAUGUUAAGAAUUGGUGAAAACUGAAAUCAGGUAACUCUUGGGACAAUAUAUAAUGAAAUGUAAUUCAUACUGAAUCAUCUCGCAAUGUAAAAAUGCCAUUAAAACGCCCCAGGGUUUAUUGAUGUUGAAGAUUUGCAACUUCUGAACUGUUUAUCUGCCUCUGCUGAAAACUGUUUUUGGAUUUCUCAGUAUUUGUAGUAGUUUGAUCAUGAGAAACCACAUUCAUCCUUGGCAUUCUGUUUAUAUUUGAAGCUCUGGGGUUUGGGGAAUGGCAAAUUAAUAUAAACUUGCCUAAGCCCAAAACAAAUGAAAUAAUCUCAAAUUAUAAGAGCAACUAUUUGUGUAUGUGUGUAUAUAUAAGUGUGGCUGUGUAGGUUUGUGUAUAUACAGCCAAAUUAUAUUUAUUAAAAUUCUUAGAUUGCGUGUUGCAAUACAGUUUUCUGAAAGGGGUCUCCAACUAUUAAAUAAGUGACUACUACUAAAUUCAUCUGUAGUCAUUAAUCUCAAAAUUAUACCUGAAAGUCUCAUGACAACUGCGUUGCCUCCGGUUUUGAAUUUAAUAUGUAUCUUCACCCUUCAUAUUAUGUAUUAUCUUCCUUAAUGGAUUUUAUCUUGAAUAUCCAGUUGCUUCCUUUCAUCCUCUUCCCAAUACCAUGUUAAUUUGCAGCAGCUUUAAAAUUGGAAUAAAUGAGCCAAUCAGAUAGUUUAAAUGAAAUUAACUCAGCUUCAUAAUUUACAAAAUUGGAACAUGCUUAAAAUGCGUAUGUAUAUUGUCUUUGGACCUGAAAUUGUUUAGGCACAUAAAUUGUUGCUAUUGGUCACUUUUAAAAACCUGUGGGAUAAACUUGCACUGCACAGAAUUUUAUUCUUGUAUAAUAGAUUUGUAUGCUUAUUAUUUGUGCAUUUGUAAAUACUGUUUUUUAGGAUGAAUCAAUUAAGUCUUAAAAUUUUAAGCUUAUUGAGCUUGUUGCCAGUAGGUUUAAGAAAAUCAUGACCUCACAUGCCUCACUCGGACAUUUAUCAUGCCUUUUGUUAAAAACAUCCCUUAGGAAAAGUCAAAUUUGCCUUAACUCCGUAUGGUUUAAAAAGCCAAUGGUAGUGUGUGUGCUUUUACAGUAAUUAUGCAGAUGACUAAAUCAGUUGAUACAAAAAAUUUUUUCCAGGUGGUACAUUUAACAGCACAAGUCUCCCUUCCGCCUGGUAUAAUCUUUUAAAAAAUUAAAAAUUGUUACUGUAGUAGUUUUUCUACAUUUCAGGGUUAAUCUGACCUAUGCAGAAUUCUAGUUUCAAUUUAGUACUUAAGUACUUGUGAACAUACUAAGUGAAAGAACUUGUCAGAAAUUAUGUACAAUUCUCAUUACCUUAAAAAUGGAUUUUUUGCACUGUCUCAGAGUAUAUAUUUUUGCAACUUAAGGCUUGGUACUAGUUUUAAUAUACUUAACACUUAUUGCCCCAACAGAAAGUUUGGAAUUGCCUUGCAUAUAAAAAAAUUGAGGUUGAAUAAAAUGAAAAAUUCUUAUGUUUGCUGUGCUUGUCUCUGUUACACUUUUAAGG